AUGGCUGGAUCCAGGAAUUACGACUUUCUCAUCAAACUGCUCCUCAUAGGCGACUCGGGCGUAGGCAAGUCAUGCUGUCUGCUGCGCUUCAGUGAGGACUCGUUCACGCCCUCGUUCAUCACCACCAUCGGCAUCGACUUCAAAAUCCGCACCAUCGAGCUCGACGGCAAGCGCGUGAAGCUGCAGAUAUGGGAUACCGCCGGCCAGGAGCGUUUCCGGACCAUCACCACGGCCUACUACAGAGGCGCUAUGGGCAUUCUGCUGGUCUACGACGUUACAGAUGAACGGAGCUUCAACAACAUUCGCACAUGGUUCUCCAACGUCGAGCAACACGCCACCGAGGGUGUCAACAAGAUUCUUAUUGGCAACAAGUGCGACUGGGAAGAGAAGCGCGCCGUUUCCACAGAACAGGGCCAGGCCCUCGCUGACGAACUUGGCAUUCCCUUCCUCGAGGUCUCGGCCAAGAGCAACAUCAAUGUCGACCAGGCCUUUUACAGCUUGGCCGGAGAUAUCAAGAAGAGGCUAAUCGACACCGCAAGGACGGAUCAGACUGCGGCGCCCAAGGUGGAUGUUGGUGGGCAAGACAGUGGAAACGCUGGCAUGGGUGGGAAGUGCUGCUAA